AUGGUGACUUUGACCAAACUUGAGAAGUUCAGGAAAGAGGAAAAGGCCAAAGGCUUCAAGCCUUUGCUUGACGAUCUCACGCAGUGCUCCGAAGCCGAGUUUGUCAAAAAAUUGACUAAUAUUAUCACUUGGGACAGAUCUCGAGAUGAUUUAUACAUUUGGAUCCCGGUUUUGAACAGAAUUGAUGAUAUCUUGAACAGGCUCUUGGCCCACUACAACUACAAAAGCACCAACCGGAAAACACAGCCCGUGAAGCUGAUAAUAAUGAGUGCAGAAGAUGAAACGGUCACCAAGGAACUACUUUGGUUCACUUGUCGUUUGCUCAAUAACACAUGCAAUCGGUCUUUAUACUCAUCACUCGACGUCAUGACUAACUUACUCAACUGCCCAAACUACGUUGUAAAGCUUGGAGCUAUGAAAGUUGCUGCGAUCGUGGGAGAGCAGCAAGUCAUCGCCAGGCAAAAAAUUGAUAGUAAAAACCUUUUGAGUAACAAAGAACUGAAGAGGAAGACAUUAGAUUUGGCCUUGGCACUUCCAUCUUCAACAACUGACGACCGCAUGGAUCACUUUGCUUUGGUCGAUCUUUUUUUCGACAAAAAACAAUAUCCCACGAAGUGGUCUAAAAUCGACUUCAGCUACUACGCAGCUGCGCCUAAAGUAUAUUUGACCCAAGGCGCAUUAAACAAGACUGGCACUGGUUCUGUGAAAAGAUUCAUAAUGAAUGCAGAGGAAUUGUCAAGCCUCUCUCUACAGCAGGUGUUUGACAAAGGAAUGGCUGAGAUUCCAGCAGAAAGCUGGUUUGACUUUUCACUGCAAGCAACGGUUGCUAAAGCAUUCAGUGAUAGCACAUAUGAAAAUCUACAACUGAGGAAUUUGAUCAUACAAACCAAGUUCAAUGCUAUUGCUCUUGCCAACGUCAUUUAUAUUCCGGCCCAAGUUAGCUCUCAACUUUUCGAGGUUGACCCAUAUGCAUUUAACAACUUAACAGACUUCAUCUCUUUAUCAGAGCAGAAGCUCCCCAAGGAUCUUCGAGUUGAUGCGCUUUUUUCCCUCGAGUGCAUUUCUCUCAAACACAUUUGGUGUUCUGACAUAGUAAGAAACUUGGGGGGUAAUAUGUCGCAUGGACUUCUUUUCCAGAUUCUGAGGUAUAUCGCUAAACUUUUGAGAGAUAAUAAUUCCAAGGAACUCGAUGAAGAGUACAACGUACGAUUUUUUUAUCUUGUGUCAAAUUUGGCGGACGUGAAGACAUUACAAGAGUCUAUGCUUGCCGCUGGCUUGAUACCCAAUUUACUAGAAAUUAUCUCCAUUAAAGACUGUGCCUAUAAACGCACAUUGGCGUCAGCGACACAUUUGUUGGAAGUAUUUAUCGACGAUGCCGACGCGACAACGGAGUUCAUCGGUAACAAUGGGUUCAACAUACUAAUAGGUUGCGUUAAUGAGGAAGUUAACUUUGCGCUAGAACAUCCGGAAUUUGGGGAACCUCCAAAAUAUCCGGUUGUCUACUAUUCAAUUUCUUUUCGACAACUUGGUUACAUAAGGAGCCUUUUAAAACUUGUUUUGAAACUUCUCAAAACUGACUCUGGCGACCGGAUCAGAAAUCUCAUUGACUCUCCAAUUUUACUUUCACUGAAUCAAAUACUUGAGAACAGACCUGUAUUUGGCUAUACUUUGGUGACCUACGCAUUGGAUGUAGUCCAAACCAUAUUGAACACAGAGCCUACAAUUUAUUCAGUUUUGGUUGAGUCGAAAACAAUUCCCUACAUCAUUGACAACUUCAAACAUUUUUUGGGGCCAUCGGGAGAGCUGUUAUGCCUACUACCGGAGGUUAUAUCCGCUUUGUCUCUGAACAAUGAUGGGCUGAAGCAAGUUAAAGAAAAAGGCCUCAUAAACUGUUUGUUUGAGAUCAUGACCACUCCCGAAUUAGCAAAAAUCAUGUCGUGGGACGAUUCGGCCAUUGACCUCGGAACUUCGAUUGAUGAGCUUGCGAGGCAUUAUCCCGAACUCAAGCCGGUCAUUGAAGACUGUUUUUAUAAAACAGUGAAGGCCCUGCCGAGCAUAAUAAGCUUUAGUCACCCGUAUGUUUACAGAUCAACAAUUUCCAAUGGCGAAUUCUAUCAUUCAAGGGAUGAAACAGUAGUUGACAACGAAGAGGGCGGAUCGGAAAUUGAAUCAGGAGAAGUUCAAGUCCCUGCUGCUGUGUUGGACUGUUUCUCUGCCGUUUUUUAUGGAAUGACGUUAGAAAACGUAUCGUGGGCUAGUCUUGCAGAAAAAGUUGAUAUCAAGGAUCUUUUGAAGGUCAUCAUUAUCGAACGACCACCAUAUGAUUAUGUUGGUUCCCAAACCUUGCUAAAUUUUUCAGACAUAUUGAAACACUUUGACGAUGAGCGCAGGAACUACGCCCUUCCUGCAUUAUUAAGUCUCCUCUCAGAGAAGCUGGACGGGGUGAAAGAUUUUCUCGAAUAUAACUUUGAAAAGCCUUAUGUUCUUUCAACGCCCUAUGAAGUGCUAGAUGAGACACUUCGGAAGUUGACGGUUAUCAACGUACUGCUGUACGUGAUUACUGAUAUCUACAUUAACAUUGCGUCCCUUUUUCCAAUUCGUGUUUUACAAAUAAUGGAGUUUUUUGAACAAAAUGGCUUUAAUCUUAUUGUCAAGCUGCGGCAUCUAUUUCAAAGAAGCGCGUUGGAAGAGCUUUAUAUGCGUAACAGAUUGCCAGCCUCAGUUACGGCUGAAACCACUAUGAGGCCCAUAGGAAAUACACCGCCUUUGACAAUAUACGCCAGCAAACCAAGCAAGAAUGACCCGAAGGAUGACAAGACAUCUGCCAAAUUCAAGAACACCUUACAAGAUAGGCAGCUCUUUAUCAAGAUGCAAUCCUGGACGUCUAUGUUAUUCAGAUGUUUCUUAAGACUUACCCAUGCCCGAAAAAUGACAGUUGAGGCUUCUGACAGAGCGCUCGAAAUUCGGAUCUUUGAUACAACAGUUAAUGAAAUUGUGAAGAUGAUGGACUUAAAGUAUCUGCUUUCUCACCUGGGUUACUUUCUUGUUGUGUUUAAUUUCAACACAUUCGUGUUCACUUUCCCUAAUGUCACUACUUCUGUUGGUGGUACCGUUCAAACCAUACCUGCGCUGCUUUUCUAUCAGGCAGGCGGUUUCAAGAUAUAUUACGAAGCAAUUAAGUUGUUGUUUGCCAACCUUCAAAAGUUCAACGAUGUUGAGAACAUCGAAAAGUUUGAUUACAUCAAAGACUCUGAGGAUAUUCUUACAGCGAGUGCACUUAUAAACGCCCUUUCAUUUUUCAAUAAGUGCAUACAAAUGGAAACCAUGGAAAAUAUUAGAAACACGAAAGAAUAUUACCCAUAUGACGAGGUUUACUACAAUCUCACAAGUGCUUUGAUUAUUCCCAUCAAGGUUUUGUCUCUGGGUCUGGUGGAUGAGCUAGUCAAUGAAUUUUCCAUCCUAGAACAGGGUACAAGGCGACUUCCCUAUUCUGUUUUCAAACAGUUAUUGACCAUGAUAAAAAACAUAUUCAACUCCACUGCUGAGGGUGAAGAUCAUGAUUUGUAUGAAUUGCGCUGGGAUCUGAUGCCUCCAUCCCAUCGCAAAAUAGAAAUGCUGAAAUCGUGUGGAAUUGAAGAAGAUAUUGCGAAGAAUUAUCUCGAAGAGCAAAAGGACGAUUUACCAAUUCAUGUUAAACCUGAUGUAUUUUCUGAUGGUGAAUGGGAGACAUACAAAGCACUUAGAGAAACGGGGAAAUGGAAAACUGACUUGAGCUUGUUAGAACCACAGUAUAAGAACUUUUCAACAGCAAGUGAUCUAUCCGAAAUGAGAUCUAGUUUUUAUGCCAAUGGUUUUGAAGACCGGAUUCUCCAACUACUUCCAAUGUAUCCCAAACUUAUAAACGCUAUAUCCCACAUGAUUCUCCAAUUGCUCCAAGAAGCUGAGGAACCACCUAAAAAGGUUCUCGGUAAACUACUUCAAAUGAUGCGUGGGAUAGACCUUAGUGAUGCGUCUGUGCUUGCACCCGUAAUACACCUCUUUGGAAUUUUGUUAAAUGAUAAAGCAAUGUACGAGAAAUCUGAAGAUUUUAUACAUGAGUUUGUUCAGUAUCUUCAGCAAUCGCUCCGUCCAGAGUUUGUCAAUUCGGCCUGGUUUUCGAAAGCCUUGUAUGUCUACGAGAUAAUAUUUGCAAAAUCUGAGGCGCCCAGGCUUGACCCCCUUCCUGAUGGUAUUGAGGAAGGUGUCAAUACGCCUUGUCCACCGCUUUUCAAAGCAUUCACCAUUUCAAGUGAUGCAAAAAGCAAGAUAUUCGAUUCUCUAAUCCGAGUCCAUGAGAUUUCAGACUUUUACUCAGCAUUGGCCAUAUCCAGAAUUCUAAUUCUGUAUACACGGGACGAGCAUUACUCUCAUGAAGUACCUCAGUCAGGAAUACUCUCAAAGAUUUUGAAGACAAUAGGAAUUUUCCAAAAAUCUGAAAAAAUCAACUACCUUGAAUCUUCGUUUUUACUGCUGGCUAGAAGGUGCUUUGAGACUAGCGAAAUUGUUAGCAGCUUAAUUCAAUACGAGCUCUCGCGUGCUUUCACUACGAGAGCAAUUGGUGACUCUAAAGAGAACUCAAGGGACCUCACGGGUCUUGUCUCAGAAAAGGCCAAUGUAGUUAUGCGAGACCCUGCUUCGUUUGUCAACUGUCUGUGCGAAACGGCUCGGUUUGAGGAUUUUGUGCGACCUGACAAACUAGAGAACCUUAUUGUCCGAAGGUACUUGAGUGAGCGCGACGAGGAAAUGAGUGAUGCUAAUUCACAAGCUGAUGGCAAGUUGAGUCUAAGUAAUAGAACUGGAAUUGUUCACCUUUUACUCUCGCAACUGAUGGCAGCUUACAAGAAAGAUUGGACCUCAGAGCCAGUUAAAGAAGAGAGUGUUGAAGACACCAAAAAGAAAGAUGAUGUGGACGUCGCAAGAAAUCCUGUAUGCGCUUAUAUGAUAUUCCUGCUAAAAGUCUUGAUAGAAUUGGUUGGAAGUUACAAACAAAGCAAGCUUGAAUUUCUUACUUUUAACAAGAGGAACAUGUACGUUGAAUCUCCAAAACCGCGCACUACAGCACUCAAUUUUGUAUUGUAUCAGCUUCUGGACACUGGGGGUCGCGAUCAGGACAAGCACUAUGUCGAAAGAAAGGAGGUUAUUGGGAAACUUGCACGCGAUCUUGUAGUUAGUUUUGUUUCAUCCGUUCAGGAUAAAGAGGUCCAGAAACAAGAUCCUAAAAUUGUCAACCCCGAUAUGACUUAUAUCAGAAAGUUCACAAUAGAAGCUGUAACAAAGGCACUCAAGAGUGUGGCCAAAUCUCCAAAAACACUAGAAGCCAACGUGAGUAAGCUUUAUGGAUGGCUGCAUCUUGUGACUUCUUUCUUGGUCAGCGAGCGCAGCUACUUGCAUUCAGUUCUUGACUCCAAUAAAACUUAUGUGGACAAGUAUCAAAUUGGUAAGCUGAUGCUUGAUAUGAAUGUCCCAUCCACCAUCGCCGACUGCAUGGCGUCUCUCGACUUAAACUAUCCCUUCUCUAAGAAGCUCUUCAACAAGAGUGUCGAACCAUUGAACGCAAUAAACGAGAUCCGCAGCAGGUUUUCGGAUCUGUUUAAGCUUGAAAACACCGAUGAAGACGAUGAAGUUGAGGACGAAUCUGAGAAAGAAGAGCAUUCAGAUAUGUUCAGGAACUCAGCUCUAGGGAUGUAUGAUGUCGAGGAUAUAGAGGAAGACGACGAUGAUGAUGCUUCUUUGAUCGGCGAAGAUGAAGACAUAGCUUUUGUUGAGGGUGAAGAUGGCGAAAUUGAAGUAGUCUUUAGUGAAGACGAACGCGGCCAUCAUCAUGGUGGCUCUUCGAGUUCCGAUGGAAUGAACGAUAGUGAUCAGAUCGAUGACUCCGAAGGGAGUAUGGAUUAUGGCUUAGAUGGAGAAAGCUUGGACAUGGACAUUGCAUCAGGAGAGUCAUCCAACUCGGACAUUGGCAAUGGCGGAGAUGGAAUUGAAAGUGAUGACUCCUCAUACUAUACCGACCACGAGGGCCCGCUUGAAUAUGUCCAUAUCGAUGAUGGUGCUCCUGCUCCAGUUAUCGAUGUUGAACUAGAUAGCUCGGAGCUUGCCGAAUCUGACUGGGAAUCCCGCCUAUCAGACUUAUCCGGCUCUGACUGGGAGUCUGGGCUUUCCGAGCUAUCCGGCUCGGAAGAUGGCAGCUCAGAAGAGAACUUUAACGACGAAACGCAUCCUGGAAGCAGGUGGUUGGCUGAUGAAGUUGAUAUGGAUGAUGAUUCAGAUGAAGAAGGAAGAGGCGUAUUUACUGGAAUCCAGCAUGUAUUUUCUCCUGAACCACAGUAUUUCAGAGUUCAUGGGGAAAAUCACAGAGGUCAUCGGGGACCUCAUCACCACAGCAGCCGUCGUGCUGAUUUUAUGAUGGCUACACCAAUGAGUCUUUCAACUGGUAGUAGAGGUACUCGUGGCAUCUUGAUGAACCCUCUUGGUCCCUCAGGGCUAGAGGAAGUUGAAAACGGGAUACUUAACCAGUUAACCAGCACAGGUAGUUCAAGUCGUCCUAGAAAUGAGCUCCCUCACUUGUCAGAUAUUUUGUUCAGUGGAGAAUUUUUUGACGAGAAGUCAUCAGUGGGCAUCGUUCUGAAGUCUACAACAGCCAGAUGGAGCGAUAUUUUUGAUAUGUUCUAUGACUCCAAAAUCUAUGCUAACAACGUCAUUCCAACUAUCAUUGGGAGAAUAUUCCAGCCUAGUUCUGACUUGUACGUGAGAAAGCGCGAGGAAGCGCUAGAGAAAGAGAAGGCAGAGAAACUUCAGAGGGAAGAAAACUUGAGGAAACAGAGUGAAUUUAAGAAAAGAAAGCUCGAAGAAAUGCAUACUGAUGGUUCAGACGAGGGCGAAAAUGAAGAAGAAGAGGACGAAGAAGAAGGUCAAGAGCAUCUGCCUCCAAUUUACGUCAAUAUCGGGGGAGAAGAAGUCAACAUUGCUGGCACCGAUAUCGACCCUGAGUUUUUGGAUGCUUUACCUGACGAUAUGAGGGCAGAAGUUUUUGCUCAGCAUAUCCGAGAGCGCCGAGCAGAAGCCCUUGAUCAAACCGUUGAUUCAAGAGAAAUUGAUGCCGAUUUUCUGGAAUCUAUCCCUGAGAACCUUCGCGAGGAAAUAUUAGAGCAAGAAGCUGCAGAGUCUCGUUUCUCAAGGCUAAUGGGCUCGCUCAAUGACGAAGAAAACGCUGAGAGUUCUGGAGAUGUUGGCGAAGAAAACGAUGCUGAUGAAAGCCCCGACUCAAAGAAGAAGAAACCUGAGAAGAUAUACUUUUCGCCUCUAGUUGACCGGUCUGGUAUAUCAGCCAUUAUGAGGUCCUUGUUCAUUUCUCAGCCCUAUCUGGCCCGUGAAGUGUAUCAUGAGCUUUUUUACCGUUUAUGCUCUAGCAAGCAGAACCGCAGCGACAUCAUGAACAUCCUGAUGUUGAUUUUAACCGAGGGCAUCAACGACCAUCAAUCACUCGAAAGAAUUUACAAUUUGAUUUCAAACAGGGCACUCGGAAUCGCCAAAUCAACAAGUGCGCGCAUGCUUCCUCUGGAUUGCACGCCCUUAAGUGUGGCAAAUCAGACAAUUGAAGUUUUACAGAAUCUUUUGGAAACUGAUAAUCGCUUGAAAUUCUUCUUUAUCACAGAGCAUGAAAACUUACUGAUCAAUAAAACACCGCUGAAGAACAAAAAGGACAUCUUUACGAAAAACAUGAAGUGGCCAAUAAACUACCUGUUUAGCCUUCUCGACAAGAAAAUUAUUACUGACGAAACUGUGCUCUUGGACCUACUGACAAGGAUUUUACAAAUUAUCACAAAGGCUAUAUCUGCAAUUGCGAAAAACGAAAACUCCCAGAAGAAGUUCACGGUGCCUGAUAUUGAAACGAAACACUUGGAAGCUGUGGUUUCUAUAGUAAAAUUGGAUGCAUGCAAUACUAAAGUGUUUCAACAGACACUAAACAUAAUGACCCAUCUCUCGGUUAUUAAAGGCGCUCAGGAUAUUUUUACCAAAGAACUUUGUACACUCGCCAUUCAAACAGUUGAAGUUCUCAAAACUGAUUUGAGCAACCUAGACUCUGAAAUUGGUGAAGUUGAGAUUGGCACAGAAAUCAACUAUGAGACUUUCCAAAAAUUUACGGUUCCUAGCUCCGAGCAAGCGAAGUUACUCAAAGUAUUAACUGCAAUUGAUUACAUCCAUACGAAUAAGAAGAAGGCCGGGGAUAUAGACGUAGAGAAGCUUAUGGGGCUUUAUGAUCAGAUAAAGCUAGGUGGCGUAUGGACCUCUUUAGGUCAUUGUUUGGAGAAAUUUGACGAGAAGCCCGCUUUGAGCUCUUCAGCUAACAUUCUGCUUCCUCUGAUUGAGUCACUAAUGGUAGUCUGUAAACACAGCAAGACGCGAGACUCCAGGGAUGUGCUAAAGUAUCAAGCAAAGAAAUCAGAUUUUAGUGAGGUCGCGGCCGAAAACAUCUUUUUCGCGUUUACUGAUUUGCACAAGAAGCUAUUAAACCAGAUGAUCAGGUCUAAUCCAAAACUCAUGAGCGGGCCAUUUGCUUUGCUUGUCAAGAAUCCGAAGAUCCUGGAUUUUGACAAUAAACGGUAUUAUUUCAUUGCUAAGCUUCGUUCCGGUGCUCAAGAGAAACCGAAAUUGUCCAUCUCUGUGAGACGAGAGCAGGUCUUUCUUGAUUCAUAUCGCUCCUUGUUUUUCAAGUCGAACGAAGACAUCAAGAAUUCAAAGCUCGAAAUCACUUUCAAAGGAGAAGCUGGUGUGGACGCUGGUGGUAUUACAAGAGAGUGGUACCAGGUUUUGUCACGUCAAAUGUUCAAUCCCGAUUAUGCUCUCUUUUUGCCUGUGGCUUCAGACAAAACAACGUUUCACCCAAAUCGCACUUCAGGUAUAAAUCCUGAACAUCUUUCGUUCUUCAAAUUUAUUGGAAUGAUUAUUGGUAAAGCCAUUUGUGAUCAAUGUUUCUUGGACUGCCAUUUUAGCAGGGAAGUCUAUAAAAACAUUUUGAGCAAGCCUGUGGCACUAAAAGACAUGGAGUCUCUUGACCUUGAUUACUACAAGUCUUUGAUUUGGAUCUUGGAAAAUGACAUUACCGAUAUCAUUGAAGAAACUUUCUCUGUUGAAACCGAUGACUAUGGAGAACAUAAAGUCAUCGACUUGAUUGAAGACGGCCACAAUGUUCCCGUCACAGAACAAAAUAAACAAGAGUAUGUGAAAAAGAUUGUCGAGUACAAGUUACACACCUCCGUCAAGGAGCAAAUGGAUAACUUUUUGCUUGGAUUCUAUGCCAUUAUCCCGAAGGAUUUGGUUUCUAUCUUCGAUGAGCAGGAACUCGAACUACUCAUCAGUGGAUUGCCUGAUAUUGAUGUUGACGACUGGAAAAACAACACCAACUAUGUCAACUAUACUCCAACAUGCAAGCAAAUCAGUUAUUUCUGGAGGGCAGUACGCUCUUUCGAUAGUGAAGAGCGCGCAAAAUUGCUACAGUUUGUUACAGGUACAAGCAAGGUACCAUUAAGUGGAUUCAAAGAAUUGACGGGUGUCAAUGGAAUUAGUAAGUUUUCGAUUCACAGAGACUACGGGUCUACUGAAAGGCUGCCAUCUUCGCAUACUUGCUUCAACCAACUGGAUCUUCCUGCCUAUGAUUCUUACGAAACAUUGAGAGGGUCGCUCCUUCUUGCGAUCAACGAGGGUCAUGAGGGUUUUGGUAUAGCGUAA